CGUGCGCACGAAAGAUCAGCCUCAAUCUACGCUACAGUUAGCAUCAAUCGACGUCACAGUUAGCAUCAAUCUACACUAAAGUUAGCAUCAAUCGACGCUACAGUUAGCAUCAAUCUACACUAAAGUUAGCAUCAAUAGCUCGUUAGCUGCCAUGUCAGAAAAGGCGCCUCUUCUCCAUUACCGACUCACCGGCGGUCCCGGUCCCGAGCCGAAAGAUGCGUCCAAGCACAGGAGGGCCAAGGCGGCGGGCGGGGGAGCCGGCCGCUGUUCCGAGAGCAAGGCCGACCAAAAGCUCGGCGUGGUGUUCGGAGUGGUCAUACCGACUCUACUGUCCAUGUUCAGCGUCGUCGUGUUCCUGCGAAUUGGUGAGUGGCGGCGGGGCGACGACCAGACAACUAUUGAUAAAGAGCGAUUUGUAGUUGGACAAGCUGGGCUCUAUGAGUCUAUUGCCAUGUUCCUGGUGGCCUACUUGAUUAUCACGACGACUGUGCUUUCUGUGUGCGCCAUCUCCACCAACGGAGCUUUAGAUGCUGGAGGUGCCUACUACAUGAUCAGCCGAGCCCUGGGUCCAGAGUUUGGUGGCAGCAUCGGGAUCAUGUUUUUCUUUGCCAAUGUGUGUGGCAGUGCUCUCUAUGUUUUGGGUCUGGUUGAAGCAGUCAUGUUUGUCUUUGGAAUCCCAGAAGAGGGAGCUACAGCUGCUGCCAGUCUAAUACAGGUGUUGCCGUCAGGAUACUGGUGGUCUGUGCUUUAUGGCACUGUCCUGCUCUUCCUGUGUUUCAUAGUCUGCUUGGUGGGAGCCCACAUCUAUGCCAAAGCCGCCUUUGUCAUUUUCAUCAUAGUCACAACAGUCCUCGUGUCCAUUUUCAUCAGUUUCUUCAUUGUCAGGCCAGUUGUGGUGAUUCUGCCAGAUACUUCUGUUCUGAACAACACCAGCCUGAGAACUGCCAAUUUUACUGGAUUCCAACUCCACACCUUGCAGAGUAACCUAUUGCCCAAUUACACAGUAGACUACACCACUGGUGCCAUGAUGAGUUUUGCCACAGUGUUUGCUGUCAUGUUCAAUGGCUGCACUGGAAUCAUGGCAGGCUCCAACAUGUCAGGUGACUUGAAAAACCCCAGCUAUUCCAUCCCGAGAGGAACGCUUGCAGCCGUCCUCAUAACUUUCGUCACAUACAAUCUGCUAAGUCUGCUGGCUGCAUGGUCCUGUGACCGUCUCCUACUUCAAAAAGACUACAGUUUCCUGGGAAACAUCAAUGUAUGGUCCCCCAUGGUGACAGUCGGGAUCUACUCCUCCACUAUAUCUGCUGCCAUGAGUAACCUGAUCGGAGCUUCCAGGAUCCUGUAUGCUUUGUCCAAAGACAACCUGUUUGGUGGUGUCCUGGCUCUGGCGAGGAAAACGUCUCGCAGUGGGAACCCCUGGGCUUCGGUGCUCAUCUCAUGGUUGCUUGUCCAGGUGGUGCUGUUUGCAGGUAAAUUGAACACUAUAGCUGGUAUUGUAACCAUCUUCUUCUUGUUGGUGUAUGCUGCUGUGAACCUGGCCUGUUUGGCCCUCGAAUGGGCUUCUGCACCAAACUUCAGACCUUCAUUCCGUUGUUUUACCUGGCAUACCUGCACACUGGGCAUCCUUGGUUGCCUGGUCAUGAUGUUUCUGAUCAAUGCCAUAUAUGCCUUUGCCAGCAUAGCCUUUAUGCUGCUGCUCUUGAUGCUGAUCCACUACUUUGGUCCCAUCAGCAACUGGGGAUACAUCAGCCAGGCUCUCAUCUUCCAUCAGGUACGCAAGUACCUGUUGAGGUUGGAUGUGCGUAAAGACCACGUGAAGUUCUGGAGGCCCCAGGUGCUGCUGAUGGUGGCAAACCCUCGCAGCUGUACAGGUCUCAUGACUUUCAUUAAUGACUUGAAGAAGAGUGGCCUUUAUGUACUGGGACAUGUAAAGCUGGGUUUACUCGAUGGGUUGCCCUCUGAUCCUUUGCAGAGCUCUUAUGACUCCUGGCUGUCCCUAGUCGAUCAUCUCAACAUCAAGGCAUUUGUCAACCUAACCCUGGCAGACUCUGUCCGACACGGAGUUCAGAACCUGCUCUUCAUUACAGGAUUUGGUGGAAUGAGGCCAAACACCAUUGUCUUAGGUUUCUACGAUGACUGCACCCCACAAGACAACCUUCAAGGUAAAAUUCUUGUGUCUACAGGCUACGGCUUCGACACAGUCUGUCAAACCAAAGACCCUAGGGAGCAGCGGUCCCCCUUCUUCCCCAGUGUGCGGGUUGCUGAGGAAACCAAAGACCUUCCGGAAGAGGAAUAUGUGUCGGUGAUUGCUGACGCUGUAAAAAUGGGGAAGAAUGUGACACUGGCUCGUUACUUCGACCAGUUCAACCGAGAGGAGGUGUUGGGCUCAGGAAGAAAGACUGCAGGAAACCAAAGCAUGAUGGGACCAUUUGUUGAUGUGUGGCCUCUGAAUCUACUUCGACCGGACAGCCAUGGCUAUGUCGACACCUGCUCACUGUUCCUGCUGCAGCUGGCCUGUGUGCUGCAAGAGACCCGUGCCUGGAACCAGACAAGACUCCGCCUCUUCUUGUGCGUGGAGGCUGGUUGCAGUCUGCAGGAAGAGGAUGAGACGAAGCUCAGGGUGAUGCUAAAGGAGCUCAGAAUAUCCGCCCAGGUGCAGAUGGUGGCUUGGGACCAGGUGGUAGCGCUGCACUGGAGUCAAGGAGGAAAGGAGACAGGGAAUGAGUCUGCACAGAGUGAGGAGAGGAUGGAGAAAGGAGGAGCUGAAAAGGAAGAUGGCGUGGAGGCGUUCCCUAAUAAUGUUGCUCAGCUUACAGAUGAUUAUAUCUGUGCUGUCAAUGAUCUGAUUCUCCGACAUGGAGCCCCGAAGCCUGCUGUUCGUUUCCUGUAUUUGCCACGCCCACCCGCAGACACAAGCCGUUACCAUGCCUACCUGCACCAGGUGGACCUGUUGAGUCGAGACCUCGGCCCAACAUUGCUCAUUCAUGGAGUCACUCCUGUGGUCACUACUGAUCUCUAGAUUUUUUAACUCAACUGUUAAUCCAUCAGAUAUCUGGAUUCUGCCUUAUAAAUCCCUGGAACUACCUGUUGCCAACAAUUCACUCUCCCACUACUUAAGCUGUCAAACACAGUAUCAGAAAGUCAUACCCAAAUUUAGCAUUUAUACAGCUAAUGUUUACAACCAAGGUCAAUACGACACCCCAAAGUGGAUUUCCUGGCUUCAAGUCUACAUCUGUGAUAUUGAAAAUCAAGCACAUUUCUUUGGGUGAAAGGAGGGAAAGUUCUUGCAGUUCCUUCCCUCAGUUAAAGCCGGUAAGAGGAAGUUUUGGUCCUCUGCUCUAGCUGAACUUUUCUUCCAAUUUGUUAAAGCACUGUUUAAACGUGGGGACCGAGCUUUGUCAGUGUUUUGUUGUGUUUUUUGUUUGUUCAUAGAAAAAUAAAUUGACUUGUGAAUUGUUGUAUUACCUUUUUUGUAUUCCUUAUCUACAUUUUUUUUGUAAUUUUGCAGAGACGAGUCUGCUGUCUCCUGCAGUGUUGGGUUGCAAAAGUAGUGUAACAAGUAGUAUACGGCUUACUUUCUGCAGUGAGUAAUUAAGUAAAGCAAGGCAUUACUUUUUUUGAAAAGGAACUACCCCCACACUGGUCUCCUUUAUUUUACAAAGUAGUCUUUAAAUCCAUCUAUCCAGUUUGCUCUGAACCCGACUUGCCUGUUGAACACCUGCAGAGGGCGAUAUAUGCCCAGUAUGUGUCUGUGAUGAUUAUUGCAGUACCAAGUCUGCCUUUACUUGAUUGCCCCCCCCCCAAAUCUUUAAUUGGUAAAACGAUAUAUAUAGAUAAUGGAUGGAUAUUUAGUGGAAAUUUUUACAGAAUUUUGAUGUGGAAAUAAUUCUGAUAUUUAAAUUUUCAUCACAGCGACUGAUCAUUGUACAGAAUAAAAAGUGGUGAAAAUCGCAUCAUCUGACCCCCAGAUUUUGCAACCAUGUGUGAUAGGUCAUGCUAGAAAUGUAUUCAAAUCAAAUCACAAUUAUUAGAUUGUCAAAAUAAGCGUACGUUGGAAUUCUUAUAAAACUAAUAAAAAAUGUCAGUAACCCUUUAAAUCACCUUGGAAAACUGCUACUACUUGCAUUUGACUAAACCAAUAGUCAUUGUAAACUAUGGAAAUUUCUUGAGAUGCAGUGCAUCUAAUCUCCAUAACCAAAGCUGCACCUAAUUGCACAUACUCAAAGAUAUCAGUCCCCUAAAGAUGCUAGAUAUUUUUCAUGAUCCAUGCAUUAUUCCCUUUAACAUCGGUCACAAACCGCCAUAUCUCACAAUGUUAAAGACGAUGUCUGGAUCCAAAAGCCAAAUUGGAAUGGUUCCUUUGGUCAUGUCCCAUCCUUCCACCAAGUUUUUGUGGAAAUCUGUAACGUAGAAUUGCAUAAUCCUGCUGAAAAAGAAAGAGAUAUUAAAGCUUCAAUAUGGGAA